CAUCGGUCACAUCUUCAACACAUUCUCAAUUGCACUUUACCAUUGAAGCACUCCUUCACCAACUAUUGUUGACGCCGCCGCCGCCGCCCUAGGCUCGCGGCUUCCGGAGCCUCUCCGGGUCGGCUAACGCGAGCGCUGUUACUGAGCUGUCGCUUAUGUCAUGACGUCUAGAGUUGUGCCGUCGAACGGGGGAGGUUACGGUGCAGACGUCGGUGGCGGUGGAGAGCAGUGGAACGGCGGCUACUGUUUUAGGAUUUUACGGUUCGUUUUGUUGAGUUUUAGAGGGAAUGUUACGCUUGGUGUGGAUAUUGGAAUUGGAUUCGGGAGAACAUGGGCAACGAGAGGGAGAUUAACCCAUAUAAGAAUGGUCCUUUCUUCUUUUCAAGUACUGGUACAACUAGUCUUUAUUGGAUGAAGUUUGGGAUCUUCUUAGUCAACCCAUCAAUGGCGAUCCAAGUGUGUUUAUUAAUUCUGAUUGGACCGCUUUGUGCGCGGAAUCGAAGUAUAUGGUUUACAAUACUUCGCAGAGCAUUAUUCCUGGGAAGCUCAAUGUUCAUUUGGUAGCUCACACGCACGAUGAUGUUGGCUGGUUGAAGACUGUUGAUCAGUACUAUGUUGGUUCCAACAACAGCAUUCAGGGAGCAUGUGUUCAAAAUGUGCUGGAUUCAUUAAUUCCAGCUUUAUUGGCCGAUAAAAAUAGGAAAUUUAUUUAUGUUGAACAGGCGUUUUUCCAGCGAUGGUGGAGAGACCAGAGCGAGGCAGUCCAGAGCAAAGUCAAGCAGCUUGUCAGCUCGGGUCAACUCGAGUUCAUCAAUGGAGGCAUGUGUAUGCACGACGAAGCUGCCCCACAUUAUAUUGAUAUGAUAGAUCAGACAACACUAGGGCAUCGAUUUAUCAAAGAUGAAUUCAACCUAACUCCAAGAAUUGGUUGGCAAAUUGAUCCCUUUGGGCAUUCUGCAGUGCAGGCCUACCUAUUGGGGGCCGAGGUUGGAUUUGACUCCUUUUUCUUUGGACGAAUUGAUUACCAAGACAGAGCUAAGCGGAAAGAAGAGAAGAGUCUUGAGGUUGUCUGGCGGGGUUCUAAGAGUCUUGGUUCUUCUGCACAGAUUUUUGCUGGAGCAUUCCCUGAAAACUAUGAACCUCCAAGUGGUUUCUACUUUGAAGUCAAUGAUGAUUCACCAAUUGUCCAGGAUGACUUCAAUUUGUUUGAUUACAAUGUCCAAGAGCGUGUCAAUGAUUUUGUAGCUGCUGCUUUAUCACAGGCUAAUAUUACUCGCACGAAUCAUAUAAUGUGGACCAUGGGGACAGAUUUCAAGUAUCAGUAUGCUCAUACAUGGUUCCGGAACUUGGACAAGCUGAUUCAUUAUGUGAAUCAAGAUGGCCGUGUGAAUGCCCUGUAUUCUACUCCAUCAUUUUACACUGAUGCAAAAUAUGCAACAAAUGAUUCAUGGCCACUCAAAACUGAGGACUUUUUUCCAUACGCAGACAAUGUGGAUGCUUACUGGACAGGGUAUUUUACAAGUAGGCCUGCCCUCAAGGGCUAUGUUAGAAUGAUAAGUGGCUACUAUUUGGCAGCAAGGCAACUGGAAUUUUUUAUGGGAAGGAGAAAAUCAGGACCCACCACCGACAGUUUGGCUGAUGCUUUAGCAGUGGCUCAACAUCAUGAUGCGGUUAGUGGCACUGAACAGCAGCAUGUGGCUUAUGAUUAUGCAAAACGGCUGUCAAUAGGCUACAAGGAGGCAGAGGAUUUAGUUGGAGUUACACUCGCUUGUAUGGUAGAAUCAACAUCAAAAUCUAGAUGUGUGAACCCUGUGACCAAGUUUCAACAGUGUCCUCUUCUGAACAUAACUUAUUGUCCUCCAACAGAAGUUGAUCUGUCUCUUGGAAAAAGAUUGGUGGUGGUUGUCUACAAUUCUUUGGGUUGGAAAAGAGAGGACAUCAUAAGAAUUCCUGUUAUCAGUGAGAAUGUCACUGUUCAGGAUUCCAGUGGAAAAGAAAUAGAAGCACAGGUUCUGCCUGUGGCUAAUGCCUCUGUAGCCUUGAGGAACUUAUAUGCUCCUGCAUAUGAGGGUCAAUCCCCAAGUGCAACUCUCUUAUAUUGGCUUGCAUUUACAGCAUCUGUUCCACCUCUGGGGUUCAGCACUUACAUUGUUUCCAGUGCAAAACGAGCAGCUGCUACUUUAGUGAGUCAAACAGUGUACAGUUCCUCGGGAAGUCAAAAUGAUACUAUCGAAGUAGGCCCAGGAAAUUUGAAGCUUAUCUAUUCUAGAAAUGAAGGAAAACUUGCUCAGUAUAAUAACAGGAGAAACAAGGUCAAAGCAUCAGUAGAACAAUCAUACACCUAUUAUUCUGGAUAUGAUGGAGCUGGGGAAGUUCAGUCCUCUGGAGCAUACAUCUUUCGUCCAAAUGGUACAUUCCCAAUCCCAUCUCCUGGCCAGAUUCCAUUUACCGUUAUGCAGGGACCACUCUAUGACGAAGUUCAUCAGAAAAUUAAUUCAUGGAUAUCUCAGGUCACAAGAGUAUACAAGGAAAAGGAGCAUGCCGAAGUUGAGUUUACUGUUGGACCUAUACCUAUUGAUGAUGGAAUUGGGAAAGAGGUUGUCACUCAGAUUACAACUACCAUGAAAAGCAAUAAGACUUUUUUCACAGACUCUAAUGGACGCGAUUUCCUUGAGCGGAUUCGAGAUUAUAGAGCUGACUGGGACCUUUUAGUGAACCAACCUAUUGCAGGAAAUUAUUAUCCGAUAAACCUCGGAAUUUACAUGAAGGAUGACAGCACUGAGCUCUCAAUCUUGGUAGAUAGAUCUGUAGGUGGAUCCAGCAUUUCUGAUGGGCAGUUGGAGCUGAUGCUCCACAGGUUUUUUCCCAUACCAUUGGCCUAA